CUGGCAAACCCUAGAUAGUCCUCCGUCUCGACGAAGCCAGCCCUUUCUCUGGUCGGCUCCCCUGCGUAUGCCCAGCGCCAGCCCCACGCUGUGCUUCUUGUCGUCCCUCCUCAUCCACCAUGUCGCUCAUCGCGGGUGAGGAAUUUCAGCACAUUCUUCGUGUCCUUAACACGAACGUCGAUGGACGCCAGAAGAUCAUGUUUGCCUUGACCUCCAUUAAGGGAGUUGGUCGUCGUUUCGCCAACUUAGUGUGCAAGAAGGCCGAUGUCGAUAUGAGCAAGAGAGCCGGUGAGCUCUCCGCAGCAGAGCUGGAGAACUUGAUGGUGAUUGUUGCUAACCCUCGCCAGUUCAAGAUUCCAGAUUGGUUUCUUAACAGAAAGAAAGACCACAAGGAUGGUCGUUUCUCCCAGGUUGUUUCUAACGCUUUGGACAUGAAGCUGAGGGAUGAUCUGGAGCGUCUCAAGAAGAUCAGGAACCACCGUGGUCUUCGUCACUACUGGGGCUUGCGUGUACGUGGACAGCACACCAAGACAACUGGACGUCGUGGACGGACCGUUGGUGUGUCUAAGAAGCGGUAGAAAGUCCUGCAUGUGUUGUCUUGAGGGUAUUAUAAUUGACCUUCUGGCAAGUGCACUCUUAAUGAAGCAGCAUUUACAAUUUUAUACAAUGUU